CUUGUCUCAACACCUCACAACGAACCUCCACGACCGCGCCAGAAACCAAACACACAGAGUCCAUGGCUGCUCGACGCGGCGUCAGGCAGGACAAUAGACGGCAAGGACACUUCUCGGCGUUAGGGCAUGGGACACUGCGCCCCACGACGGGUUUUUCAUUUUACCCUGCCUCAGCUGCCCUCAGCCCACCAUUGCUUCUUCCCCAGCUGACACUUGCAACCUCUAUCUUCUUGAUCGCAACCAGCCAUGAAUCCCUACUAUCCUCCUCCUCCGUAUCCUCUGCCCGCUCCCUUGCCUCAUAUGCCCUCGUCCACGGCCCAAAUUCUGGGUAAGCGAAAGUAUGAAGAUCCGCCACCGAGCCACGCAGCACCACAGUCUGCUUAUGUUGGCGGCUCAUCUUCCCAUGCUCUUGGCCAUCAAUUCCCUGUCCGACAGUUUCGCCAGCCGCUGUCCGUAGAAGACAUGAUGUCCAGGUACAACAGCGGACCACCGGCUCUGCCAGAGGCGCCUUUAACCUCGAGGGUAAUCGGACCCUCCCGCGUCCCAGUUUUCAUCCACAACACCGUCCGGAGUAUUCAGGAUGGUCAGAGACCACGAAUCGAUCGAAAUCUGACUCGGUCGUUGAUAUGGGAUAAGGAAGACGCCUCAGCCGAAAAGCGAGACGUUCCAACUCGGCCAAAACGGCAGACUCUCCAGCCUAGUCGGCCCUUGCAAAAUUCUAAGCUUGUCCACACCGACGUCUGGGUUGAUGUCCUCAGCUUUUGCGAGCCCAAACUCCUGCUGGAAGCAAAAACUCUGAACCGGUUUUUCUACCAUCUCCUCUCCGACAACUCGGCCAUCUGGAGAAAAAGCAGAAUCAAUCGUUAUGGUUCGGCCAUGCCGGAGUGUCCCAAAGGACUCACAGAGAAGCAGUACGUCGAGCUCUUAGCUGGUCGUGGCUGUCAGAGCAAAGGCUGUCACGUUGAGAGGACCUCCAAAGUUCAUUGGAUGUUUCAAGUUCGCUUAUGCCCGGAUUGCUUCAAAAAGAAAACAAUGAACGAAAGUGACCUCCCACCCCAACGUCAUCACAACCUGCCCGCAAAGGAAAACCACAUACCUCCAGGAGACGGACGCCCGCUGUGGGAGCUGCUGCCGCUGGCACGGACAGACGGUCGCCGUGACGCAAACUCUCGCCACGUCAGCACCGAAAAGAACGACUGGGUGCGUGAUCGUGGGAAGUUUGCUUUUCUGAAAACAUCCUUUGCCAGAAUUGAAACCCAAUACCGGCAUCUCCGCGCUUCAGAUCCGACAGACCGUGCACUCAUGGCAUGGGCAAGCAAGAUCCAUGGGGAAACAAUGGAGUUCAUGGCCGACGUAAACAAACUUGAGGCGUGGUUCAAGGAGCAUACAAAGACGGUACAGGGGUCCAAAGUUCAAGCUUGGCGACAAAAGAGAAUCGACUAUUUUGAAGCACGUGCUGCAGAGCUGUCACCGCCUAUGGACCGCCAGAUUCUGUGGAAAAUGGCGGCUUUCACCCGGAUCCUCAAGGUUCAAUCAGAAGCCACAGAACGGUCGUGGGAAAACCUCCGGAUCAAGAUCGAACCGUACAGAUUGCACGCACAACAGGUGGAGGAAUUCGAGCGAUUGAUGGCAUCCGAAUUUCUCGAGGCGGUACCGCAGGUCCGACUGUUCAGGCGACUCCAUGAACAUCGCUGUGGAAGGGCAGCCGUCCCGCGCUCCUAUCAGCCAGAGCAAAAGUACGUCCUGCAACUUGCGCAAGCGGUGUUUGUCCGAUGCGUCAAUGACGGAGUCGCCGAUGAGGAUCUUCUCCUACUUUGCCUGAGGAAAGUGUUUGACGUCUACAGCACGCGGAAGGACCGCCCAAGAGGCCUCAACUUCGACGGUACCACUGGUCCAUAUUGUCUCAGUCUCGACGACGCCCGGAUGAUUGUGGAGGAUGUACUAGAAAAGAGGAUCCCACCCCAUUCAGAACGAGGCAGAAUCGUGUUUCAGAGCCUGAAAUGCAGAGGGUGCCGCCGAGCCGACCAUGUCCGAACGUGGUCUUUCAUCGAGGCGUUCGAACACAUUCUUCAAACCCAUGCCAGGCACGUGGGCGAAGGGCUAGAGUACUAUCAGUUUGCCACCCCGUAUCCUUUGAACGAUCUGCCCGGGUUGUCCGCAGACGAAGGCGGAGUCGAGUACAGAUUCCCCUGGUACACCGUGAUCUGGCCCCGGAACCUGCCUCUUGUGCCUCGCCAUCAAGACAUUUCGCAAUUGGACGCCUGGCACCCGGCUGUUCCUACCGAGUUCAUUCCGUUGUCGGAACCCUUGAGGAUGUCCGCGUUUCAUGGACGACAGCCGCUUCAACAAAAGCAUGCAGCCGACGACUUCGGCCCGAACUUGGUCUAUGCGGCUAAGCAAUUGAACGGAGUCUGGCUUGAAGGGCCUUCUCAGAUGAAGAUCGCAUUAAAAUACGCUCUCGAUCUCUACCAUCAGGAACAUACGAGAGAACCACCACUGUCCACGUUCAUGGCAUGUCUAGAAGAGCUGGCAGCCGCUAAUUCGGCGAUCCAACAAAAGUUCCGAUGCGGAAUUUGUGUGGUCGAGGAUAAGCGCCCUCGGUCGGUCAGACGAUCCAAACACAAGACAAGUAUGGAAGCUCUCCAGAAUCAUUGGGAGGACAAACACCUGGAUGGAUCUGUCCCCUGGACUCAGGGUUUCAUGCAUCUGCCCAGCGAGGAUGAAAUCUCACAGCAGAUUGUCGCUGUCGAUAAAAGGCUCCAGGACCAGAAAAACGCGUUCCUCGAAAGAGCCACAGUCAUGUCGACGGACAUCCGGAAAAGAGCAAAGUCGAAAGGCAACGUCUUGUUCGAAGUCAAGAAAACGGCGGAGGUGUUUGAUGGACUCUUUCCUAAAAUGGCGACGAAAUGAGACCUUACACAAGUGAUUUAAUGGUGCGGUUGUCAAGAUCACGGUGGCCUUGUGAGCGAGGUUUUAUGGUUAGCACAAAGAGUGCGACCAGCCCGUUGUCAAGCGGGCAAAGGUCGUUGAUGUACAAGCAUUGAUCAAAGGAUGCAGGGCUUGGAAUGCUGCAAUCCGGAUGAAGGGAGCCACAGCUGGACUAGCUGCAUGUCCUCGUGACUACACACUUCACACGCUGCCGGUCUCAUGAAUGAGAGACUGCCUCGUUGGUGGCGAGAAUCUCUCAGCCCUGCGCGAGAACUGAGUCUGCAUGUGAUCCAAAAGGCAUGUUGCCCGAAACUGCCUGAAAAGGAUAGAACCACCGAAGAGUUCUCAGACUAUUCCCCCUCUGGCAAAUGACAGCGAGACAUGAAACCCGAGCCCUCUGGCGGGCGACCCGGCUUUGGCCGUUGCGAAAUCUGACGGAGAAAGACGUGCUUUUUCGUGCUGGGUCCUUUCUUUGAUGGCGAGAAAUUGACGGUGCCACUUGGCCGCCCAUUGCCGUGGCUAGCAUCCUUGGGCAUCCCAGUCUCCCCUGCCAAGCCCGGAUGAGGCUUACCGAGCGUGAUACAGGAGACGGCAUUCCAUUGGCUCCGCGGGCUGCUAAACGGCGAUUAAACAGCGUUAAGGUCUCGCUAAAUCGCGCUGAACUGCGCUAGCGCCGUGCGUUUGCUGAUAACGUCAA